UCGCGGUCAGAGCCAAAAAGGCAUCAGCAAAAAUCAUCCACCAUUUGGGGAGGAAAAACUUCAAUGUUCAAUAAUUUUCUUCUCUCACUUCUCUGAAACGCAUCAAAAACCAUCGAAAUAUACUUAAAAGAUCCGGAACAAAACAAGCAGCAAGACGAAAAUUCCAUCAAAACCGAAGUUUAAGCCGAAAAUUGUUGAAUAUAUUGUGUAUUGCUCUGUGUGUCCUCUCUUCGAAGUAACAACAAGUUUUUUAGUUUUCAAAAACCGUUUGUGUGUCGUGUAAAUAAGAAACGAAAAUCGCCACUUUUGUUCUUUCAAAACGCCAGAAGAAAAAAAAAAGGAUAUGUAAAACGGAUAAAAAGCUGCAAACUUGGUUGAUGUUUGAGCUGUUUUGAGUUCAAUUGUUGAAAAAAAAAAAAAAAAACAUACAAAAAAAAUAAAUUUGCAAGCCUUCCGGAACGGAAUAAUCGAAGAAAAACCACCGCCUGAAAGAAAGAAAAAAGUCUGGAUUUUCCAGCGCACAAACGCAAAGCAAAAACAAGCAACAAGAAUGCCUGAUUGUUGAGCGAUGAUAACCCAACAGCGAACAUAAAACACAGAGAUUACCCAGCCAGAAAAGCGACCACGAAAAAAAAAGAAAAACUUCAAGCAAACUAUUUUUCCUCAUCAAGCGAAAAAAAAAAAAUGCAUGAGGGUGUGAAGAGAAAUUGAUUUGUGAUCUGAUAAAAUUUUCAAGCCGAGAAGGACCAGCUCCGUUCGGGGACUGGACUCUAUUCCAGGGGCUAAUCCCCCCACCCCCAAGUGGAGCAGAAAUUACCGUGAAACCACCAUACAUUCGUCCUUAAACAAACAUCGAAUUUUUAAACAGAAAACACAAACGAAAAAUCAAGGGAAUCACCACACCAGAAGAAGGUGGGAUCAAAAUUGCCGAAGUCUUUUUUGUUUCGUUACAAAGUGAUGUUGAGCAUAUGAUAUAUUCUACAUUGUUACACAGACAGUUGAUAAGUGAAUAAGGAUAAGCGAGUAAGGGAAAUAUUUAGAUUAAGGUGUUAUAAGAGCCAGAAGUUUGCGGAAUCCGUGAAGAAUCGGAAAAAAAUGGAUCGCUGAAAGCAUGCAGAGAAAAUAGGAUACAAGACAAGUGCCCGGAGACCACCACCUCGGAAAGUGAAAGCAAGCAAUCGGGCAGUAGGCAGUGCCGUCGUUUCGAUUUCGCGAGUGCGCUCUCUCCUGAUCCACAAAGGGCGCUCUCCCGAAAACUAAAAUAAAAACGCGACUCCGUAGCAGUAGGCCACUGCUGCUGUUUCUGUGGAUUCUGUUCGCCUUCGGGUUUCGGUUCGGUUCUCGUGUGCCUAGGGUUACCCGCAAAUCAGGACGAUUGUUAUCAUUGGACCACCCUUAACUGUUGUUGCUCGGCGUGUAAAACCGCUUCAUUCUUCGCCACCCCACCACUAACACCACUACACAAGCACAACUUUUCACACCCCGCACCCCACCAAUUUAACCAACUGCGGCAAAAAUGGGUGAUGACAGGAAUAACAAGAAGAUUCUGCAAAAUAUAAAAAUGCCAGAGCAGAGCAACGACUACCGAGUGGUGGUGUUCGGCGCUGGAGGUGUCGGGAAAAGUUCGCUGGUUCUCCGGUUUAUCAAGGGGACAUUCCGGGAAAGCUAUAUCCCGACCAUCGAGGACACCUACAGACAGGUGAUUAGCUGCAACAAAAACAUAUGCACACUACAAAUCACCGACACCACCGGGUCGCAUCAAUUCCCGGCCAUGCAACGACUAUCCAUCACCAAAGGUCAUGCCUUCAUUCUCGUAUACUCAGUGUGCUCCAAGCAGAGUCUGGAGGAGCUCAAACCCAUCUGGAGCCUGGUUAGGGAGCUAAAGGGGGAAGAGAUUUCCCAGAUUCCAGUGAUGCUGGUCGGAAAUAAGUGCGAUGAACCGGAGGAGUUGCGGGAGGUUACCAACAUCGAAGGCCAAACGGAAGCUGCCACCUGGGGAAUCUCGUUCAUGGAGACCUCCGCCAAGGAGAACCACAACGUUACCGAGCUGUUUCAGGAACUGCUAAACAUGGAAAAGAAUCGAAACGUUUCCCUGCAGUUGGACGGCAAAAACAAAAAGAAAAACAAGAAGAAAAUGAUGAAAGAGCAAGCGAAGGAGGAGAAACUGCUGAAGGAAAAGAAGGAGAAGGCGAAACAGCAAGCCAAGGAGAAAGAGAAAACGCAAAAGGAGAAGGAAAAGAAGAAGGAAGAGCCCAAAGAAAAAGCGAACGGAACCAAGAAGGACGGUGCUGCUGCUGCUGCUGCUGCGGCAGGUGGAGCCGAGGGCGAGGGGGGUAGCAGUAGUCUCAAGGAAAAGUGCAAAGUGAUGUAAUGUACCAUGUUGAGAUAUGCACAGUCUCGGUAAAUCAAAGAGACAACAAACGAAAAACAAAACAAAAUCAACAAGCAAACAACAAAGAACAACAAAAUCGAAUAAAAUCGAAUCGUAAAAGCAAGCAAGAAUAAGUAAACAAGUGAAAGGGAAAAGAGACACACACAUUAUCAGGUUUUAAAUCGAUUUUAGACGCUAAAACACUUAAUUGAUUAAACAAAAAAGAUCAAGACAAAAAAUGAUAUUAUACAACCAUAAUUAUAUUUAUAUAUAUUAAAAAAAAAAACAAUAUUAUGUACAUAUGAUAGUGCUAAUUUAAAAUUAUAAUGCAACGUAGAAACAAAGCAGACGCUUAAACUUCAUGAUAUGCCAUAAAAAUCACUAGCAAAUAUAGCAAAUUAUUAUAUAUUUUGCUUCGAUAAUUCAAUAAAUUUGAAUAAAUCGUUAAAUUAAAAACUA